ACUGAUAUCUCCAUAAAUUUAGUUCACUUCCUUGUUUCAUGUUCUGUGGUUUCGAUGUCGUCGUGGGCGGGUUAUUUCCAGUGAAUGGUAGUUCCUGGUUUUGUGCGGAUCCCCAAGCUAGUGUUUUUUGCAAGAUGCGAUGGAGUUUUCGAGAUUAGAAUUAUGAAGAAAUGGUCAUGAUGCUUACUGGAACUCGCCGUCAUAAAAUCUGAUUUGACCUCUUCACAAGAAACACUCGCUGAUGCCCCUUUGACACCGCUUUACACAUUACCGUAGCGACUGCUUCCAAGAUGGCUCCCUCUGUGUACAACCUGUGGGGCGAGGAGGAGGAGGAGACUACAGAUAUUGAGAUCACGUGUUUCUUACCAAACUCCAUCGUUAUACCGCUAAUAUGCAAACGGGAUGCAACCAUCACAUCCAUCAAAAGAGAUCUCUGGAAGAGGGCCAAGACAUACCCUCUCUACAAAGCUCUCCUAGACCUCAACUUUUACAUCUUCCAGUGCAUAAACCAAAGUGCUGAACAGGAGGAAUUAUUGGACGGCAACCGCCGCCUCUGUGACAUCAAACCUUUCUGGCCAAUGCUUCGUGUCGUCCGUAAGGCUAGUGACGUCGAAGAUAAAGUCUUAAACUCCAAGAUUGGUCUGCUGAUUGGCAAGAGCUUACACGAGUUGGACGGGUUGAAGAACCCCGAGGUAGAAGACUUCCGUCGCAAUAACCGUCGCAUAUGCAUGGAGAUUCAACGAGACCGAGCAUCAUGGGAAUGGGAAAAGAAAGCGUUGUAUCUGUUUCCUCCCCAAGUUGGUGCAUCCAUUGAGAUUCCGGAUAAUAGCAAGAGAAUCUUGAAGGCCAACAACAACAUGUUCUUGGCCACUAUCAUCUUCUGUACAAGCAAGGCUAACCAGCAGUCAGUACUUUCAGCCGAUGCUUAUGAGUAUCCCUCAGAUCUCGUCAAGCGAGCAGUCAAUAAGAUGCGGCAACCUGCCGAAGAGGAAGAUCAGUACAUGAUCAAAGUCAAAGGCAAGCAAGAUUACUUGAUGGGCAACUACCCACUCAGCCAGUUCAUGUACAUCAGGACUUGCAUUAGCACAGAUAGUAGACCAGAGCUCCUGCUACUAAAGAAAUCCGACAUGAAAGUGGACGAACUGUUUGUCAAUCCAAUGCUGACGGCUCUCUUACAAAAAGAAGACGAAUCCCCGUCCAUCCCUCCAAAGAAAGGAAAGACGCUAAGCUGGGAUAUUCAGGAAAGAUUUAAAGUCACAUUCCACGGAGCGCUUAAUGUCAACAUCGUAGACAAAGCUUGGCUACAAGUACGCGCAGGCGUGUACCACGGAGGGGAAAAACUCUGUCAAAAUUUCCUGUCCAAGGAGAUAGAGGGGCCCGAUCCUGUCUGGAAUGAGGAAUUCUGUGCUGACAUCGAAGUCUGUAACUUACCUCGAAUGGCUCGACUAUGCAUUCUUAUCUGUACCAACAAACAGAAGGGAAAGCCCUCAGGAAAGGGAAAUAAAGCCAACAAAAACAUCAAAAGGGAAUCGAUUCCCUUAGCUUGGGUCAACACAACCUUCUUCAACUAUCAGCACAAUCUACAGACUGGUAAGGUGAAGUUCUACAUGUGGCCAGCAUCUGAGGACUUUGACUUGAAUCCCCUGGGGUGCGUUGGUUCCAAUCCGGACCAUGACGAUGCUACGAGCAUUGAGGUGUCAUUUCAUUCUUACAGGGCAGCACACAAAGGCACAGUGUCCUAUCCACCAUUUGAUACUGUGAUAGAAAGAGCAGCAACCAUCGCAGCAACAGAGGAAACAUAUCUAUCUCACGUGUCUAUAAAUGACCAGAAGCUGGAGGAACUACGAACCAUGGUUGAGAAGGAACCACUAGAACCUCUGAGUGAACAAGAAAACAAUGAUCUAUGGAAUGCAAGACAAGAUUGUCGAGAUCACAUCCCGCAUUCCUUACCACGACUACUUACAUGUGUCCGUUGGUCCGAUAAGGAUUGUGUAGCUCAGAUGCAAGCACUUCUUCAGAUUUGGCCAGAAUUGAAGCCAGAGGAAGCCAUGGAACUCCUGGAUUACCGCUACCCGGAUCUCUCUGUCCGCAAAUUUGCUGUGGAAUGUCUCAACAACUUGGUUGAUUCUCAACUUUCUCAGUACCUACUACAACUUGUCCAAGCUCUCAAGUAUGAAACACAUCUGGACUGUGAACUGGGACAGUUCUUACUCAGGAGAGCACUGGCCAAUCAGAGAAUAGGACACUUCCUGUUUUGGCAUCUCAGAGCUGAGAUGCAUCAGCCGGCUGUAUCGACACGUUUUGGGUUGAUGUUGGAGGCGUACUGUCGGGGUAGUAUCGCCCAUAUGGCAUCACUCAUCCGACAGGUGGAAUCUCUGAACAAGAUGAAGUCAGUCAACGAGUUGAUUAAAAGCAAAAACGCCACUAAGCAAUCAAACCUUGAACUCCAGACCAUAAUGAGAGACAUCUUGAAGCAGGAGUCCUAUCAUGAAGCGCUGUCCAACUUUGUCUCGCCGCUGUCGCCGUCCUACAAGCUCAAGAGCCUCAGGCUUGAGAAGUGUAAAUUCAUGGCUUCCAAGAUGCGUCCAUUGUGGCUGGUCUUUGAAAACGAGGAUCCUAUCGGAGACAACAUCUUUCUCAUGUUUAAGAACGGUGAUGAUUUACGUCAGGACAUGUUGACAUUACAAGUGAUGCAGAUCAUGGAUAACAUCUGGCAGGAAGAAGGAUUAGAUCUGAGGUUGAUUCCCUACAAAACCUUAGCAACAGGCAACAAGAUUGGAAUGAUCCAGAUUGUCACGGAGGCAGAGACCAUCGCUACGAUCCAACAGAGUGAUGGAGGGGGGAAGUUAGGUGCUACAUUCCGCAAGGCGGCGCUCUUCAACUGGCUGAGGAAACACAAUCCUACAGAUGUUCAGUUCAAUCGCGCCAUUGAAGAUUUCACUCUGUCGUGUGCUGGUUACUGUGUUGCAACCUACGUGCUGGGGAUUGGAGACAGACAUAACGAUAACAUCAUGGUCAAGAAAACUGGCCAGCUGUUUCACAUUGACUUUGGUCACUUCUUGGGCAACUACAAGCGAAAGUUUGGAUUCAAACGAGAGCGUGUGCCAUUUGUUUUGGUCCAUGAUUUUGUCCAUGUCAUCACACGUGGAAAGGGGAGCAAUACAACCACAGAGUUUGAGACUUUCCGCAAGUGCUGUGAGCAGGCCUUCAUGAUUCUUCGUCAACAAGGCAACCUCCUCAUCAAUCUCUUUGCUAUGAUGCUUUCAAGCGGUAUCCCCGAGCUCUCAGAUGAGACCAUCAAGUAUCUCCGGGACACCUUGGUCCUGGAUCGUAGCGAUGAGGAAGCACUCAAGCAUUUCAAAGGGAAAUUCACCGAGGCACUCAAGAACAGUUGGAAGACAAGUCUGGAUUGGUGGGCACACAUCAUUGCUCAUAGAAAUGAGACCAAGAAAAAGGACUAGACUUCCCUAGUCAAGCUGGACCUUAACGUCCAUGUCAAUCAGUUAGUCAGUUAGUCACAUCAUUGCUCAUAGAAAUGAGACCAAGAAAAAGGACUAGACUUCCCUAGUCAAGCUGGACCUUAACGUCCAUGUCAAUCAGUCAGUCAGUUAGUCACAUCAUUGCUCAUAGAAAUGAUACCAAGAAAAAGGACUAGACUUGCCUAGUCAAGCUGGACCUGAACGUCCAAGUCAAUCAGUCAGUCAGUUAGUCACUCUCUUGUUUGCCAAUCAGUCAGUCGGUAACUCUCUUGCUUGUCAGUCAUCAGUGACUCGGGGAGUUAGUCAGUCACUGACUAGUCUAUUAGUCAGUCACUCAGUGACUCAGUCACUCAUUCUGUUAAUCAGUUACUCAGUCAAUCAGUGACUCAGUCACUCAUUCUGUUAAUCAGUUACUCAGUCAAUCAGUGACUCAGGUACUCAGUCAGUGACUCAGUCAGUCAAUGACUCAGUCACUCAUUCUGUUAAUCAGUGACUCAGUCAAUCAGUGACUCAGUCAAUCAGUGACUCAGUCACUCAGUUACUCAGUCAGUCAGUGACUCAGUCACUCAGUCAGUGACUCAGUCAGUCAAUGACUCAGUGAGUUAGUGACUCAGUCUGUUUAACAGUCACUCAGUCAAUCAAUGACUCAGUCACUGAGUUACGCAGUCAGUCAAAGACAGCAUGAUUGUAGAUGUGUAACAAAGAAAAUGCCUUUGUUAAAGUCAAGAUAGUUUUAAGACAAUCUUGAAGUCAAUUUAAGAUUCAGUAAUUGUCUUUAUGUAAAGAAUGGAUGUCUUAUUGUUUUCUGGUGCGGAGUUAUAUUUUGUCACAGAUGUUAAGGUUAUUGUUUCUUAUGUAUCACUGUAUUGUACAAUAAUUGUCUGCUAAUUUUUCUAUGUUUGCUACCUUGUAGAUCUUUAUUAUAAACGAUUAUUGUACAGACUUCUAGAUUUAUUUUUUUUCUUUUGAUAUUAUUUCUGUGGCGGAUAUUCGUUUCAACUACAUGUAUAUUCCAUAAUUGUUUGCAUACUUUGACAAAAAAUAUAUAUAUAUUUUGUGUGUACGGCACGAGUUGUUUGCACACAUUAUUUUCCUUUGUACAGAUUUUCUGUAAACCCUGUCAUCCUGUGCAAUGGUUUAUACUCGGACAAUUUUGUACUUUUAUGUAAUUUGUAUAUUUUCCUUUUUCCUGAAUCGUUCAGCUGACUUUUGUGCUUGGUUUGAUACUUGACACUUUCAGUUUUGCACCAGGGAAAAUGCUGGUUGUCACACCCUACAGAUUCUGCAUCAAGAUAUCUUAGAUUGGGGGCCAAGUGUAUUUAGACUCCCAUUCUUCAAUCCAGUGUCAUCACAAACAAAACAAAGUACCAAAUCUUGGCCAGUGCUUUUGGCAGACUGCAGACGCUAAUCGUGACAAAUGCCAUUAGUUUGCAUUUCCAGCCGACCACAAGAGGCUGAAAAACAUACCAUGCAUACUUAUGUACAUGGUAACGGUUUAAUGUGGACACUUUGCACUUGGCAAUGCGUGGCCUGAACAGGGUAUGAUAACCACUUCUACAGUACAUGGGAUGUGCUUUAGGAACUUCCAAACCAAAAGUGGACCAUGCUUGAGAAUAUUUUCAUCUCAGGUUGCUUUUAAAGGACCCUGACUGUAGAAAGAACUGUAAGCCAGAGCUGAAGCCAAGAUUUCGAACACCUGUAUGAGGUAUUAAAAGGGUGAAUACAGUAAAGGGUGUGGCGUCCUCUAUUGAUAAAACAGAUAUUAUGGCAGUCUUGUGAGUAAAGUCUCACAACAGAUACGAUGAUUGUGAGGAUGAUUGUCUCACAAAAGUCAUAUUGUCAUAACUGUCAGGUGUGUUUGCUAAGUGUUGUUAUUAUAACAUAUUUCACUUCAGACUGAUAGAAAAAGAAAGAAUUAAGUUUCUGACCAUUCUUCAUGUCUUGUCUGUGUGGCAGUUUACUGAGUGACAUGUAUGUGACCCGCUCCACAAACAAAGAGUAUUUUGUCGCACUGUGCAUUAUCGUGUAAUGGCCCACUCAACGUUGAGAGGGUGAACAUUUCUUCAAAAUGUGAUGUUAAUUGUUUGUCAUGAAUGAUAACUUUAAUACCUUAAGGUUCAGGUUUCAUUCACAGAGAUGUUGAUUUCAAUUAAUAAAGUGGGGAAAAACGACCAUUUUGAGUGCAUCGUUCUGUUGUUCUACAACAGAGCCAGCUAUUUUAAAGCCUGUUUUCUCAGUUGUGUAAUUUGAACUCCAAGGAAGUUGUUAAUAUGCAAAUACUGUAAGUCAUAUCUCUAGAAUGGGAAGGGCUAUGGAGUUGUACUUUAUGCCAAAUGAAAGCUUACAUUGUGGGCUAUCCAACCACAAUUCAAUGUCACUUAUUUGUAACAUAAUAUCCUCUUUUUUGUGGAGCAGAUCACAUAUUGUCCCUAUUGUCACAAAGGAACAAAGGUCUUCUCAUAAAAAUUAUAUUUGCCACUCCAAAUCUAAAGUAACAUAUGUAUCCGGUCACCUUUAAACAGAAAAAAAAAAUUACGUUUGUUUGUUAAAGAAUCAUGAAGAACAAAAAUUACAACGAAAACAAAAGAUAUAUAUUUUUGUACAGAAAAUAGUAGAAGUAUUGUAUUAAAAAAAUGCAGCAUUUAUAGAUUUUAAGGUAUUGAUGCAUUUGGUAUUGUAAAGUAUCUUGGCAGCAAUGUUUGUAUAUGUUCAGCUGUCAAUGUUUUUGAUAGUCAAUAUAAGAACCAACCUAUUGGUCUUGGCAGCUCUUUUAAGCUGCCUUUUUAAUUUGUUAAUGCAUACAUCUUUUUUUUCUUACACGGUGCUUGUGCCUUGAGCUGAUGGCACACACUAAGUAGAUGUAGUUUACCAUUUGUCGUAACCACUUCUUGUUUUUUGUUUUGUUUUGUUGAAAUUGUGUAACCAAGGCAAUAUUUUGGAGACGUGCCAAAUCAGCCCCAAGUCAAUACCUAAUUGGGCAUACACUCCUCUUGCCUUCUCAUUAGUUUUGUCAAUUGGUGGGUGAAAUCUCAAUGGCAGUAAAACAUUUUUUUUUACAAAACAACUUGUUUACCUCACCUGGGUGAUGACUUUGUGUAUUUAAGUAGUUCUGGCUAUCACACGAUAAAGGUCACAAUUUCUCAUUUUAUUUAUAUAUUUUAAUAUUUUUUUCAUUUUGCCAGGGAAGCCCGACCAUUUGUCUAAGAACCCUGUUCUCCGUGGGGGCCCUGGGUCACAGCAUAAAACACCACCAAAAGUUAAACAAAAAUGUUAAAACAUAAAUGUACAGUUUUGAAAUUAGAACAGAUAACGGUGAGGAUUGAAAUCAGCACAAGACAAAAAAAACGGAUAAAAUGUGCACAGUUUUAUGCAUUAUCUCCGAUUCUUUAUACAGGGUGAGUCAGAAAGAUGGAUACCCUUUAAAGACAAGUAUUAAAGCAAUUUCAAGAACGACACACAAACUACAAGGUUUUAGCAAUCACCUAAUGUUUGUUUCAUCAAUUUUACUUUUGUUUUUCGGGAGAUUUUCCCCCCAAAUUAAUAAAAAUCAAGUUUGUCCACGGAUCACUGAAUCAGGCUAACAUGUCGCGUUUUGUUUCUUUACUUAUCGUAUUGUUUAUUCAACAAUGUUUUGGACUAUUGCAGAGCUGAUAGAUUUAUACAAACAUUUGACAUGAAUACAGUUUUCUGAAGCAAUUCCUGACUGAGAAUGAUUUAGGAUUCCAUUGUAUGUCAUUCACGCCUUGCCUGUAGUAAAACUGACACGUCUUUGCAUAUUGGGUAUCUGUGGACAACUUUGUUUCCCCCUAUUAUGUUUCGAAACGCUUUUAGAAAUUGUGUCGUAUUGCGUUUCCCAUCUCACCAGAUGACGGCUAAUGUCAUCAGGGGUUUCAAAUGAUGUAGGCCUGCUAUUAUAUUUAUAUGCUCCAUGUCUUCAAAAAAACAUUUAAGCAUUUUUUCAGAAAUAGGAUACCCAUUUUUCUGACUCGCCCUGUAUUUUGAUUUUGUUUUAGUUCAGACACUUACAGUAACCUAAUAAGCCCGUUUGAAUUUGAACUCGACCAAAUAUUAGAAUUCAGUAUAUUUCUUUCAUCCGAUACUUUUUCCGUCAUUGAUGGUUUUUAAAAGGAAUCGUUGUGCAACAAAGAAACACUAGAAAUCAGAGAUGUUUUGGAAUCAUUCCAAAUCGAAUUGUUUCCCAAAUUGAUUGGAAGAGACCUCUACGUCUUUACGCAUUGCACAAGCCGUAUUUUUGGUUUCAUGUUUGAAUUAGGAGCUAAAUUAAGAGCAUAAAUUAGGUCGGACAUAAUUGAUGCAUUUAAGCAGAAUAUGUUUUAGUCGAGUUGUUCUGAAUGUAUUUAAGUAGGUAUAUAAACAGAAGGUUAACACAUAUUAAAGCAUCAUUUUGGAGCAUCAAGAGACUUAAUUGUUUUACAAGGUAACAGAAUUACAGAAAUUCUUUAUGUUGCAACAUGAAGAAGGACCAACAUGUUGGUUCUUCGUGUGGAGUUUUGUGUUGCAAUUGUUCAAAAUGUGGUCCGUGCUUCGUACAUUGAAAGCAUUAAGUACAGUACUGGCUUUGCGAUUCCAGUUUACCAUGUAACUUGUGAGAGAACAUUAAAAUAUCACAAAAUAUCAAAUUUUUAAGUUAAUAUUCUUAAAAUUGUUCUUAAAUUUACUUAUUCAGUAUUUAAAUCAUGCAAAAUAAGAAGAAUUUGUUACUCAUUACUUAUUGGAUAUUUAUCAGAGAAAAGGGUUUAAAUAUCAAAUACAUGUAUUGCAUUACAAGGAAGGAGUAUAUCAACUAAAUUGGGUCCCAUUUUACAAAAUGUCUUUGUGUAAAGAAUUUAACGAAAACAUCUUAUAGCCCAUGGCAAUCAUGUACAUUUAGAGUAUUUGUUUUGUAAGCAAAGGUUAUGUGAAGUGACGUCAAGAAUGUAUACUCAAAGGAAACUGUAAAUUUUCAUUAAAGUUGCAUAGAACUUUAGUGUGAGUGUGCAUGA